CUUCUGGUUAUGUUGGUGUUCAUUUCCAUUGAUUAGUCAAUUGAUGGAAAACAGUUGAUUAUCAUUGUGUUAAUAGUUUUAUCUUAUUAAUGUGUUGUUUUUAAUUCUCUUCUAUUUGAGAAUAUUGGAAAUAUUCCUUUUAAACAAUAAUCCCUGUGUUAGUUUGUUAAAUUAUUCGAAGGGAUAAAGAAAUGAUAAAAUGGACUCAGAGUUAAAUGAUGAAGAAUUGGUUUACCAAAUACUAAAAGAGGAACAACUUGAAGGAUUUUACCAUAGUUUAAGAACAGAAUUACAAGUUACCCUUUUCUCACACUUUGAUUAUGUUACCCUUGAUGAUUUGGCCAGAAUUGGAAUCGCUAAACCUGCUGGACGUCGACUGCUGGACAAUAUAAAGAAGAAAAAAUAUUCUAUCAAAUGGAAAAACAAUCCUAUACUUAAAUUGAUUAAUCCUGUUAAACCUUUUGUUCAGAAAAGCUUUUCCGAAAAGAAUGAGAGAAAAUCAAGUUUUCCUGGAGAAUCAUCUAAUUCAUCAUUAACAUGGUUAAUUAAUGAAAGAGAUCUUGAAUUGACCAACACCAAAUUAGGUGAUGGGUCAUUUGGUGUUGUCUGGAAAGCCAUUUGGACAGUUCCAGAUUCAAAGCGAACUCAAUAUGUGGCGGCAAAGGUUUUGAAAGAAAAAGUCAUUUCUCAGCAAGCGAUUAUCGAAGAUUUUAUUAAGGAAGUUAAUUCAAUGCAUCUUCUUAAUCAUCCCAAUCUUAUUCGUCUCUAUGGUAUCGUUUUGUCCCUUCCAAUGAUGAUGAUUACCGAACUUGCUGAGAAUGGUUCACUUCGAGAUCGUCUACGGAAAGAAUGUGGCCAUACAUCGAUCGCCUUACUCCACGAAUACGCUAUUCAAAUAGCCUCCGGAAUGGCCUAUCUGGAAUCGAAAAGAUUUAUCCACAGAGAUCUUGCUGCUCGAAAUAUACUUUUAGCUUCUAGAAAGAGGGUGAAAAUCGGAGAUUUUGGUCUGGUUCGAGCUCUACCUAAUCAAGAUGAUUGUUAUAUCAUGAAUGAGUCUAAAAAAGUUCCCUUCCCAUGGUGUGCACCUGAAUCUCUUCGUCACCGGAAGUUUUCCUCCUCUUCGGAUGUUUGGAUGUACGGGGUUACCCUUUGGGAAAUGUUUACCUUUGGAGAUGAACCUUGGAAAAAUUUCAACGGCGCUGAAAUUUUACUCAAAAUUGAUAAACAAGGUGAAAGAUUGGAACAGCCUGAAGCUUGUUCCAAUUCUUUAUACGAUCUUUUACUUAAAUGUUGGGACGCUAAUCCCGAUUUAAGGCCAAAUUUCAACGAAAUUAAAUCAUUUCUUGAAGAAACUCGUCCAUUAGACCUGAUUGGUGAACGAGCCUUCGAUGGCACUGAUGAGACGUUACCUGGAAAUGGGUCCAAUGUUUCAUCAUCAACAUUAUUUACCUCCAAAAAACCAUUGACAGUGAAACCGGGUGAUAAAAUUGAGGUUAUUGACGAUAAUCCUGAAAAUUUCUUAUGGAAAGGACAAAACCAGCGAUCUUUUGAAAUAGGUCAUUUUCCUCGAUGUAUAACGAAAGAGACAAGCGCUGUAGGUAAACGGAAAGCAAUUAGUAAACCAUUAAAAGGUAGUCUUGUUCAUGCCGGUCAUGGAGGGAUUGGAAAUACUUGGGGACACCCUAGUCAUAUAGAUGAAAUUUAUCUCAAGAAUCCUCUUCAACCUCCCGAUAUUAUGGGCUACCCUGAUAAAGAGCUUCCUCCUCCACCAACAACAAUCAAAUUAAAUGAUAAACUAAAACGUCUUAACAAUUUAGGUGAUCUUGGAAGUCCAAGGCGACAUGUUGGAAGGCAAUUCGGUUACAAUAGAUUCCGAAAUGAUGAUCAUAGUGAAAAUGAUCGAGAUCGUCGAUCCAAAGAUCUAGCACCGAAACGAUCUCAGUCUUAUACUCAAUUAAAAAGCGAGGGACUUUCUUGCUCUGAGGGGCUUCUAAUUGACCUGGAGGGAGAGGUGAAUGUCCAUGAAUUAAAAGCAGCUCAAGUCAUGUUGGGUGAGCAGAGAGCUACCUCAGCAUCUACUAGUAAUGGUCAUCGAUUUCCAGAGACAUUCAACAAUGAUAAUGAAGAUUCAUCUUACCAGAGAGUCUAUUACAAUGUUGCUGUCGCUUCUUCUGCCUCAUCAUCAUCACCUUUAGUCUCAACACCAUCAACAACAACAAUGUCUUCAUCAUUAGCAGCAAUAACUUCAACCCUUUCGGCAUUGACAACAUCAUUAUCACUCAAUACAACAACUUCAUCAAUUUUAAAUUCAUCCAAUUCAAUUGCAUCUUCAACAAGUGCCACCAAUAAUUUUACUUUAUCAUCCUCCUCUCAAGCUCAUCUUCCACCACCAUCAUCAUCAUAUCAUCAUCACCAACCAUCAACAACAACCUCAAGAUAUUACUCAACACCCGGAGAAGAAGCCUCAUCAGACCAAGGGUCCGAAGAUUCAAGUUUCAGUGACUCUGAAUGGGCCUUAGGUGGGAUGGCAUCUGAUGCAUCUGAUAUUUAUUCAUUGUAUGAAUCUCAAGCUAAUUGUAUUAAACCACCAGGAUCUCAUUCAUCUUAUGAAAAAGCUCCCUCCCUGUCCAGUUUGCCCCCAGGAAAUGCAGAUCCUUUUGACACUUCCAACAUUGACAACAUAAUGACAUCAACCAUAAGAAAACCAUCAAAUACUGUAAAUCGAGCGGAUAAAGCAUUCAAUUGGAUUGAAUCAAGUAUGAAGCAAUUACAAGUUAAUCAAACCAGUAGCGAUUCACCAAAUUAUCAACAGUCUGACCUACAAACAGGCCAACAACAGCAACAAGAAUACGAUUUAAAUCAACGGCAACCAUCAAAAUUAAGUAAAGAUUUUCUCAAAGCAUUGGAAUCAAAAUUGUUGUGCUCAGCUCUUGCCGCUCCUCAAUCCUCACAACCACCGCAGUCGCAAACGCAAACCCAAACCCAACCACAACCACAACCACAACCACAACCACAACCACAACCUCAACCUGUACCACCACCACCUCCCCAACCAUUGUCUCAGUCAUCUCGAGACUUUCCAUCUGUCGCACCACCGCCCUCGAAUGGAGCGACCAAGAACUCGCGGCGAAAUCAAAGUUCAAGUUCUUAUCGAUCAAGAGACUCUUCUGUAAAUCGAGCAUCUUCUAGUAACAGUUCAACCUCCACCCUUAGAAAAGCACCUCAACCACCAACGGCACAAGUUCGUCCCUUUUUCGCACCAAACAAAGGUCCAGCACCAGCACCUCCUUGUCCAAUUUUCUUUGGUGCUGGUAUGGGACCUUCGGCUCCAAGUCGAGAAGUGAUCUAUGGACUUGGACCGAUAACAAAUUAUCCCGAUUUCAACACAUGGGUCGAUCAACUGGUAGAAACGGUCAAAGGUACUACUCGAGAAGAGUGUGUUCGAGCCUUACAAUCAAAUGGAAUGGAUUCCGUUGGUGCUAUGAAAGAAUUACAAUUAAAUCAACUAAUGAGAUUGGGUGUUGCCGAUCUCGAGAAAUGUAGCAAAGCUUUAAAAGAAGCCGAUUGGAACCUUUCGGACGCAGCAUCCAAGUUAUUAGAUUAACAAUUUAUCAAAGAUCAAAGAGAAAAUAUCAUUCAUUAGAUUGUCAUAUGAUUGGAUUAACAAUUAAUUUACACUUUUAUAAUUAUUUGUUUACCAACAUGUUGAUGAUGAACCAACUUUCCAUUUUUCUCAUGAUUUAGUAGUUAAUUUUAAUUAAUUAUGGAAUCACAACGAAACGAACAGUAAUUAACAAACUAACCGUUAAUUGGAUAUUUUUAAUUCCGAAGCAUAAGCCAAAGUUUAAUCUAUUAGUUUCUCAACUAAAUCUCUUAAUUGUUCAUAAUUAAUUCCGUUUGUCUCUCAUUCAUCUUCCAUUUUAAAUCUCAUCUCGCCAAAGUAUUAACAUUAAUUCUGAUUCUGGUCCCUGACUGAUUAUCAAUGAAUUCCAGUUAAUCUUUUCAAUUAACAUCUUCAUUAUUCAUGGAAACCAAAUCAAUGGAAUCUAAUUCAAGGAAUCAUUGAUCUUGAUCAUGAACCGUAAUUCUGAAUCUCUUCCUGAUUUAAAUUUUAAAACAAUCAACCACACGGACGAAUCUUCAACCUUAAUUGCUUCAAAUACUAAAUCAAAAUCCGAUUAAUCAAUGAAAGCAGACGAGUUACGAUAAACCCAAAAGUGAAAUCAAAGCUCUCUAGUCCAUAAUAAAAACAAUUAACCUGUUAAUUAUUACAAUUAAUAAUUAGUAUUAUUGUCAUCAUAAUAUUGAUUCAUAAUUUCAUCAAAAUUUUCAAAAAUGAAUUAUUUACCUUGAUAAAUCAAUGGAAACCAGUGAGAGACAAAAGCUCACUUUCAGUUAUAGUCAAAAACUUUUAAUCAUAGAUAUAAUAUAAGAACAAUUAGUUAAUUAGUUAACUAAUCAUCUUUCCUCUGUAAAUUUAUACAUAACUAAUUGUCCAAAAAUCCAUCCUGUACUUAAAAAGCAAUUGAAUUGUAUCCUUGGUUUGUUAAAUCUCAUUUUUUCUGCUCCCACCAUCAUCAUCAUUUAAAGAGCAGAAAAAAUUUCCCUUUCAAUCAAUUAACUAAUUAGUUAAUGACCCUAAUUUUCCUAAUUGUCAAAUUGUUGUCACUUUAUUCUGAAAAAAAAAAUUCAAAAGGAUUCAAAAUGGAAACUGAUUUACAAAAAAAAACCAACUCAUUCAUUGGGUUAUUGUUUUCAGGUAAUAAAAAAACAAUUAAAAUCCAUGACAAUUUAAAA